GCCCCCUGCACUGAGGACAGCGGCCAGAAAAGCCGGGAUUGGUGUAUGGCAGAGCAGCACAGAUCGGGGGCUCCCCUCCCAUUGCAUCCCUGCCAGCUGCGAGGAAAAAAAGAAAAGAACAAGGGAGAGUGGGGAAAGGAGGAAGAGAGAGAUCCAGCCCCGGUAUCCCGGUGCACUGCAGCCAGCAAGAAGAGAUCCAGCCCCGGUAUCCCGAUUUACAGCAGCCAGCUGGGAGCGAUCCGGUCCCGGAAUCCCGGUGCACUGCAGCCAGCAGGGAGAGAUCCAGCCUCGUUAUUCCGGUGCAGAGCAGCCAGCAGGGAGAGAUCCAGCCCCGGUAUCCCGGUGCACUGCAGCCAGCAGGGAGAGAUCCAGCCCCGGUAUCCCGGUGCACUGCAGCCAGCAGGGAGAGAGCAGGUUCCGGUAUCCCGUUGCAGAGCAGCGCAGACAGCCGGGGUUACUGGAUGUGACACCGGCCCUUAAGGUGCUGGCCGCCAGCAAGGACAUAAUGCACCGGCUCGGAUAUACAUACAUGCAUACAAGCAGAGAUGCCGCUUAGGACCUGAUUUGGGCACAAUCUGGUGGAGCCGUCGCUGUACAUCUAUGGAUGAGGUUGUAUGAUCUGCUUGGGCCAAUCCACUUAUCUGAGAUUUAACCACCCAGCUGAGGCUCACUGGAUGAAAGCCAUGAUUCCUUCCACAGGGAGGAGCCAUUCAUCAACUUUGCACUCUCCUGACUCUUCAUCUGCUCUUCUGAAUGGUUCUCAUGAUGGCUACCAACGUAAUUCCCCUUCACAUACUUCACUUGUGAGCUCUAUUGAGAAAAACCUUCAAGAUAUUAUGGACUCUUUGGUCCUAGAGAGGCCUACACCUUUGGUCAGGAAAUUGUCCCAGUCAUCAAAUCAGAACCUUUCUUCUAUGUCUAAUGGUGGAAGCACCCGUAUGCUUUCACCGCCUACAAGCCCUGUCUCCUCCAAUUCUGGGUAUGAAAAUGCAUUUCAGUCUCCAUUGUCCUCUCCAGGCAGUGGUAGUCUCGCAAGCCCCUCUUCCAGGCAAGACGCAGUAACCUCAACAGUACCCCCUAUAGUGCCUCUUAGAACAUCCAGUUUUAGCCACUCUUUGCCACGUCCCUUGCCCACGUAUGGAGGAAGCAAUUUAGAAUUGCGAUCAACACGUGGAGCAGGUGGUAAUUAUCUUCAUAGCCCACCUAGUCCAGGAGCAGGAAUCCGAAUGGGUGGUGUUAGUGUUCCCAGCAGUCCACUUAUGGGCAGCAAAUUUCAGCAUUCACUCAUGGAUAGACCUUUGAGUCCUUACAAGCAGAUGGUGGGGACAGCAAGAAGUUUGCCUCCCGAGAGUCCUAGACUGGUGCGAAAAAACCCAGAGAGUAUGAGAAACCUUCCUCCACUAAGUCCUUCUCUGUCACGAAGAGGGAUUCCUAGUUCUUCCAACCCUGCCUCAGACAGUCCAUCAAGAGUCCCUGAUAGCCCCCGUGCUCCGGCCCGUCGCAGAGUGGGCAGUGCAAGUUCUCACGGCUCUGAAGAUAACGUCUUUUCCAGGGGAAUGAGGGAUCGUAGCCCAUCACCCUCCGCAUUUUUGGAACCCCGCCGACUGACUCCAGCCUACAGUCUUGGAUCACUAGGAACUCCUUCACAGAGUCCAAAUGCUCAAAGAAAGGUGCACGGACUAAGAGAGCGCAAAAAUAGCAUCACUGACAUUAGUGACAACCAGGAAGAAUUACUGGAUUACCAUCGAAGACAGCGGGAAGAGAGACUAAGAGAACAAGAAAUGGAGAGACUGGAACGCCAGCGGUUGGAAACCAUCUUAAAUUUGUGCGCCGAGUACAGUAAAUCAGAUGAAACCACCUCUCCUCCUGCUCGUCUAGAGGAACUAUGGGCUUUUCCCUCAGUGGGGACUAAGGUGGAAAACUCUGCGUUCUUGGACACCAGAAGGCUGUCAUGGGACAGUGCUAAAGGUUGCAGCCGUGAAAACAGCGGGAACCAAAUGAAAGUGAAAGGAGAAAAUGAGGAGGAAACCCAGAGGGAGGAGAAUAGCAGCACAGAGAGCACCCAGCACGAGCAGGAGGAUGCCGUGUCACCUGGUGAGUUGGUCGCUUUGGAGGAACAGCGCAGGGCGACUUUAAGCCGCGUGGAUCAGCUGAAGAACAGAGUGACAGAACUCGAGAGACAGUUACAGGAGAGUGCACGAGAGGCAGAGAUGGAACGUGCCCUACUGCAGGGAGAGAAGGAGGCCGAGCUCUCCCAGCUGCAGCAGGAACAGAGGGUGAUUCAGCAGCUACAGGACAGUCUGAGUGCCCUGGAAAAUAACAUGCAGAAGGAAAAAGAAAAGGUGCGGGAGAAGCUGGAGCAGCAGAGGAUGGAAAUGCAGAGUGUUCAGCUUUCUCACCAUGACCUGCAGAGGCAACUCCAUAAUUGCCCCGAAGCUCUAAGGGAGCAAGUGCAAUGCCAGCUCACACGGGAGUCUGAGCAUCUGGAGACACAGAUGAAGCUAUUUGAAGAUCUGGAGUUCCAGCAGCUGGAGAAGGAGAGCCGUUUGGAAGAAGAGCGAGAAACCACAAGUCAGCUCCUACUAAAAAACAAGGGUGAUUGCCAAAGGAGUAUCGCUCACAGGAAGGAACGCCUGGCUGCACUGGAGCUUCAGGCCAAUCAAAUCCGUUUUCAGGCUGCACAGGAUGCUGAGCAUCUGGGUCAGGAAAGAAGUACAACGCUACUCCAGCUACAUAAGGAGAAGGAAAAGCUGGUUCAGUUGGAGAGAAGAUACCAAACACUGGCCGGGCGAAGGGGUUACUCUACUGGGUCAUCUGCUCUGCGAGAGUACAUCACUUUAGACCAGCUUCAUGAUAUACUGGGAAACAUGACUGCAAGCGAUGCUUCUAUUGCUGACUAUGGUGCUAAAGCAACCUCUUGCGCUUCUUCCUGUGACGAGCCCCCUCCUGUUCCUUUAUUCUCUUCAUCAUCCUCAUCUGCCUCCAUCUCUCCGGAGGUAGGCUCCGUGUCUAAUGAGGGUCACUUUACACAUCCUGUUCCAAACUUGGAAGAUCAGCACCAGGAAUUUGCACCUGAUCCCCCUAGCAUUACUACUACUUCCCCUCCUCCCCUCCCUGCUAAAUCACACUCCUCUCGUAAGGCCCAACAGAUUUCUUACUCUCGAUCAGAAAUGGAUGGUGGUGCCACCUUACCACGGAUGAAAGCAGCUUCUCCUUCUUCCCAGUUCUCUGUUGCAACACUUGGCCGGAGCAUUUCACCAAAGAAUGCAAUGCUGACACAGAACGGCACAGGCAGCCUUUCCCACGGAUUAGCAGUCACACUGCAGGACAUACAGAACAAGAGGCAACUAGCCCUUCAGCAAAAAGCCGAUGGCCUGAACGUAGAGAAGUCUCUUCUAUCUGAAGUCACAGGGCAGCAAGUGAUAGAGGAACAACGUAAACGUCUUGCAGAGUUGAAGCAGAAAGCUGUAGUUGAGGCCCAGUCGCAGUGGCAGUCUCUCCAUGGAGGUUCGCCUCCAGCGUACUUUCCCAUCAUACAUCACUCCAUUUUGCAUCACCAGCGACCUUUGCACCCUCGGGAUGAUGAUCCCUCCCAUGGAUAUGACACUUUGAGCUUGGAGAGCUCGGAUAGUCUGGACACUAGUGUAUCCACAGGGAAUUCUGCCUGCUCCCCUGAUAAUAUGUCUAGUGCCAGUGGCUUGGACUUGCUGAAGAUUGAGGAAAUGGAGAGGAUGCUCUUAGAGGCUCAUGCUGAGCGAGCACGACUUAUGGAAUCCAGGGAGCGUGAGGUUGAGGCACGCAGGAGAGCACUGGAAGAUGAAAGGAGGAGGAGAAAAGAGCUGGAGAGACGUUUGCAAGAUGAGACCUCCCAUAGACAAAGGCUGGUGGAGAAAGAGGUGAAGAUGAGAGAGAAACAUUUUUCACAGGCUCGCCCUCUCACCCGCUAUCUCCCUAUUCGAAAAGAAGAUUUUGACCUCCGCACUCACAUUGAGUCUUCAGGUCAUGUAGUGGAUGCAUGUUCUCAUAUUAUUCUGAGUGAAAAAAUGUGUCGUGGAUUUCUGACGAAGAUGGGCGGUAAAAUCAAAUCUUGGAAGAAGCGAUGGUUUGUGUUUGAUCGAUUGAAACGCACGUUGUCCUAUUAUGUUGACAAACAUGAAGCAAAGCUGAAAGGUGUCAUCUAUUUCCAGGCUAUUGAGGAGGUUUACUACGAUCACCUUAGAAGUGCGGCCAAGAAAAGAAUUUUUAAUCUGAGUCUGGCCUCUCAGAUAUCCGAUUUUCUCUCUGUACCCUUGUUGAAGGAGAGUCCCAAUCCAGCGCUGACCUUCUGCGUCAAAACCCAUGACCGACUGUAUUAUAUGGUUGCGCCUUCGCCGGAGGCCAUGCGGAUUUGGAUGGAUGUAAUUGUGACCGGAGCUGAGGGUUACACACAGUUCAUGAACUAAUGCAGCGAACAGUCCAGACUUUAAUUAUUCAGUCAAACGCUCCUCAGGAACCACAACAGAGAGAAAUGAAUAUAUAUUUUUCAUUGUUAAAGACACUAUAAUCAAAACUGUAUUUACUUGUUAUUUGUUUAUACACAUCUUUAAGUAGGGUAUAGUUAUCUAUAUUGUCGAGCGCAAAUUACCAUACAUGUUGUGUUAUUUUUUCUGUAUGAUAGAUUGUCAUUUCUCACUACAAAACUAAAGGUAACUGCACUUUUGUUACCAGCCAUUGUUACGUAUGUAGUUAUGCACCAAACUGCGUGGAAUACGAAGUACAUAUAGCCAAGGAAGACCUAACUGCUGUGCAUGGUUCUUGUAGAGACUAAAGGGUAUUUGCUAACAUUGAAAUUGCAUAUAUUCGACACACGCUUUUUUUUUUUUUUUUUAAAUGCCAUGUUCAUUGCUUUGCCCGAUAACUCCCAUUUCUACGGGUAUGAGAUUGGAGGAGAUAGCUGGAUUGGUUCAUUGAUAGAACAUUUGGGUUAGCAAGUAAUUUAUGGGGCUGUAAUGCUGCCCGAGUUCGGCGGCCGUACGGGAUGCCGGCUGAACUCUGAUGUUUUUUAAAGCGGCAAUCACUUACAAGGCAAAACCAUGCUUUGUAAAUGAUUGCCCCUUUAAAAAAAAAAGUCUGAGUUUGGCUGGCAUCCCGCAUGGCGGGUGGCAUUACAUCUCGCCCGUAAUGUGCCGAAUUUUGUGCCAAAAAAUGCAAAACGGAGAUUUCAUAAUUUUAGACUUCAAAGGGCGAAAGGUACACUUUGCAGAGGUUUUAUAGUUUAGCUAGUACACACACAGGAGCUGCAUUUAUAAAGUGCACAGGAGCCAGGUCCGCAGUAGUUUGCACAAGCCAAAUUAGGUGGAGUGCAGGUAUUCCUCCAGAACAGGUACACCGAUCUGUAUCAUUUUGCAGAGCAGAAUGAGAUUUGAUUUUAAAGUAGCGAUGAAGUGCCGUGUUUGGAGGUUUCAUCCUACACGUUAACCGGGCCCUGAUUUCAGCCUGCAAAGAUGCAAAUUUCUAUGCACACUGGGCAGUGUAAUCAAGAAAGACCUCAACAUUCAAUUGUUGAGUAUAAAAACAGACCAUCAUGAUGACUAUUCACAGGUAUGACUUAAUGUAAGCUGUAAAUGAGACUAAACCAAGCAGUAUUUUAGGUGAAAAAUAGAAAAGUUUAUUUUAUUAAAAGGAUAUAUGCUAAAGUCGUGUUAGAUUGUACUUUUAAUGUGAUAUUUUAAUUUUUGAAGUUUGCCUCUUCAGAUGUUUCAACCUCUCCACACCCUUAGGCUGUGGAGGCAGCAGUGGGUAGACCUGUACCUUCAGCUGGGCUGGGAGGGCCAUUCAGGCAAAUAGAUGGAAAACCAGGGAGUUUGGCAGUGUGCAUCAGACUUCCAAAGCCUUUACAGAAGUGCAAAAAUCAUCUGAUCUUCUUUAUUCAUGUCCUGUGAAAAUUAAAAUCUGGUAGUGCAAAUCAGGUGCUCAAUAUUUCCGUGGUACUAGGUGUGCUCAAUCUUGGCACAUUUUUUAUGGGAGCGUGCACUAAUAGUGCAUUUCAUGGCCAAAAGUAUGUGGACCCUGGAACAUGACAAGGAUAUUGGUGUCCUCCUUUGCGGCUAGAACAGUCCAGACUCUACUGAGAAUGCUUUCUGCUAGAUUUUGGAACAUGGCUGAAGGGAUUUGCUUCCAUUACGCCAAGAGUAUUGAUGACUUUGAGUGAUAAAACCUGUACAUGACCAUGGAGUUCAAUGGCGUUGAGGUCUGGGCUCUGUGCAGGCCAGUCAAGUUCUUCUACUACAGAAUUUUUACUGACUAGUGGGAAAUGUGGCCUCCUAUGACCAUGCCACGCUCAAUGUCACUGAGCUCCUCCGUUUGACCCAGUCUACUGCUGAUGUUUGACUAAAGAGAUUUCAUGGCUGUAUUCGUGACUAUAUGUACCAGCAAGCAAGGGGUGUGGCUGAAACUCCCAAACACACUAACUCCAAUGGGUGUCCACGUACUUUUGGCAAUGCAGUGUAUAAAUCAAUGGGCUUCACAACACAAUAACGCACACAAUGGUCGAAGUUCAGUGCACAAUCUUCUUUUGUGGUGCUGUGUGCCUCGAUUAAGGCAGGAGCAUCUGAAUAUCUGCCACAAGGCAUGGGUUGGUGGAGUUUGUGGAGAAGUUUGCACCAUCUGAUGGUAAGACAUGGGACGGGUGAGGUCUUUGCUUGAUAGUUUUGUGGAGGAGAGCAGAAAAACAAAUGUGUAGCUGAGAAAUGAAUUUUGGCACAGUCUUUGCUGUGUGGAGGGGCACAGACGUUUAACUCUGCAAAAGGUCUUUAUUUUUGAACCAGCUCUGAGCUGAUGGCGAGUGGGACACUUCCUAUGCCAUCCAGUUGAUUUUUGGCUAAAAAGGCCAUUUUGUAAGUUUUCUUUGCCCAGUGCAAAAAACAAAACACAUAUUCCACAAGUAAUAAAAGCAGUUCUGAUGUUCCCCACUCAUGAUUCAUUUACAACAUCUAGGGCUAAACCAUGAAGUAUUUUGCUGAAAGAGCACCACUAAAGUGAUUGCGCUCUUGAUAUGAUGUUUACGCUGGUACCAUGUACUGUACCUCUACAGAUUUAUCCACCUCCCAGACGGGCAUCUGGUUUGCAGAGCCAUCUCCUAAGUGGUAGACAUUAUGUAAGGCUAUAAAGCUCUGCGCUGUGCAGGCUGGGUGUUUCAUAUGGGUGUGGUAUGCAAGGUCAACAGUAACUAGGUCGAUCACUAUUGGUCGACAGUAACUAGGUCAACAUGGUGUAGUCCGACAAGUCAAAAGUUCGACAUGAGGUUUUUUAUGGGGUUUUUUGUGUCGUUUUCUCUGUACAGUGACUGGGAACCCCAAUUAGUGCACAGUGUCCCCGCGCAUGGCUUGCUUCACUCGCCAUGCUUCGGGCAAGGUGCCUCGCUGCGCUCAGCAUAGGUUAGCAUUCCCACUCGUAGUCCAUGUGGAUCGUUAAGUUUGAAAAAGGUCAAAAAAAGAAAAAAAAUUGUGAAAAACUCAUGUCGACCUAGAGACCCUGUUGACCAAUAGUGGUCGACCUAGAGACCGGAUACCGCUUCAUAUAUGAGGCUGUUAAUGAGGUGCAAUGUAGUAAAUUAUGACAAAGUGUAUAAAUAAUGGUGUUGAUCAAAAAUUUAUAGUAGGUUGCUUUAGAAAUGUCAUUGUAAAAUAAAAUACACUUUUGCACGCUGUGUAAGGGCAGAUUACUAAAUUAGGCACAUUUACAUAUCGAAAACAUAGAAUUUGACGGCAGAUAAGAACCGCUUGACCCAUCUAGUAAACCCAUGUACUGUACAUGCACACACUUGCACACUAGGGUUAAUUUUUGUUGGGAGUCCAUUAACCUACCAGUAUAUUUUUGGAUUGUGGGAGGACACCCAUACAAGCUUGGAGACCAUAUACAAACUCCACACAGUUAGGGCCAUGGUGGCAAUCAAACCUUGGAUCUCAGUGCUGUGAGGCAGUAAUGCUAACCAUUACAACAUCCAUAUAUGAACUACUAUGUUCCAAAUGUUUUUUUUUUUUUAGGGAGCCUUGCUUUUAGGUAACUGAACACUAUGGAUUAUUCAUGAAUUGCCUGUACAUCUUUAGAUAUGUAGAUGUGGCUACAUGCCCAGCUAGCACAUUCAACUCUUACAUUUAUCAUGAGAAUGAGGAGACAUUAGUACGGUCUUUAUUGCUUGUGUUAUUCAGUGAUUCAACUGGACAGUGUAAAAUACAUCCCAUAGAAGUAACAUCCCAGAUAAUGGAGAAGUAAAGUCUUUUUACACCUUUCUCUAAAGCAGGGAACACACCUGUAAAUGUGUUCUCUCCAGCCUUGUAUGACGUUACAGUAUAUCAUCAGAACCCAAAAAAACGAAAGAUGACUCAUUCACCUAAUGCAUACUAAGCAAGUGAGUUCCUCAAUCUACCUGACUCCUUUCAUUAGAUCGUACAAUACAGUCCCACAAACUCCACCGUCGUGGGUAAAUUUAGGUGAGAGGUUAUUUUUAGAAAUGGUGAUGUAGCUUAUAGCAACCAAUCAGAUUCUACUUAACAUUUAUCUAGCGGCUUCUAGAAGAUAAUAGAACCUUAUUGGUUGCUAUGGGCAACCUCACCAGUUCUAAAAAAAAAAAACUCCCUACCUUAGUAAAUUUGCCCCGUGGUAUGCAAAACCAUGUGUUCUCCAGGCAAGCCAGGUGCACCCUAAUUGCUUCAUGAUCUCAAAAUAUUAUCUGAGCUGUAGGUUUACAUUUUUGUGGUCUAUUAAUGGCCCUGAGUGACUUCAAGUAAGUAAAACUGGGAGAGAACUCAUUUACUUGACAUUUUAUUUUUAUAAUGUGUUUUGCCGGGACAUUACUAUGUAUUUAAAAGCAUAGAACAGAAUAUUAUGAUAGUGUCCUUUUAAGGUAAAAAAGAAAAAGAAAAUCAAUGCUCGGUCUAAUGGUCUGAUUGUAAGCCUUUUAAAAUAUGCCUGUAGACAAUAUAUCGGGUGCAUAUACCGUUUUACUCAUACAACUAGACAAAUAACUUUUUAUACGUUGAUAUUACUUUUCAAAUUCUGAGAGGUAUUAAAUACUGUUUUGUUCAAUCUGUUUUUAUUAUUUAACUAUUUGUAUCGUGAUGCGUUUUUAUCCAGUCUUUUUAUGACGAGCAGGCCAUAUUGAAGAUCUGGGCCAGCAACAGAAGAAAAUAUAAGUAAAUAUAUAUAUAGUGAGUUGGUUUAAACCUUGGCUAUAUUAGCUCUUAUGCCAAGAACAUCUUGUUGUGUUAAUCCUGUAUGCCACUUGUGCCUUUUUACAUUGUUUCCCAUUGAACCGAAUACUUUUUCUUCAUUUGUAUGUGAAACCAGUGUUUCUAGACUCAAGUUUUCAAAAGCCAUUCUACACAUUCAGGAAUGAGAACUUCUGUGCUACAGGACGUGUGAUUCUGAUCCUAAGGAAGCAUUUGAUUCCAUCAGAGAGGUUCUUUCUGGUCUGUCCGUAGUUUCUUCAUGACGUGAGAAUCCCUGAAUUAAUGGCUAAGCCAAUAGUUUGGUGUUACUUUACUCUGGGAAAUUCUGGCAGUACAGUGUAAUUGUAUCAUACUUUUUUGUCCCGUAUCCUACUCAUAUCACAUUUAUUAUAAAAUAAAAGGGAGGUGACCAAAUAA